AUGUGCUUGCAGAAUUUUGGCCUGCACUUCGGCACCGGGCAGCGCUCUGCAGCUUUAGCCAGAAAGGGUUUCGAGCUGAGCCAGCACACAAAUCAGAUUGCCGCCUUUAUAAGCCACGACUGGAGGACGUCCAGGUUUUCAAAGACGGUGGCUCUUCUGAUUGCUUUCAAUUCCAUUUACGCAGCACUUGCCGCAUUGCUCCUGAACAUGGUGAUGUGUGGACUGCUUUGGUUGGAUCGUCUCCCUGGUGGCUGGCCCACUGCAAGUGCAUCAACAUAUUGUGUGUUUUACUUGGUGCUUUUUUUCUGGCAGCGCAUUCGUCGCUGCUUUUGCUGCAAAUCUAUAUUGGUCUUUCUGGAUCGCUUGUGCAUAGCCCAGCAUGACGAGGACUUGAAGCGCCGGGGAAUACUGGGCUUGGCCGCUUUCUUGGGAAAGUCCCAGAGACUAAUCAUCCUUUGGAGCCCGCGAUACUUCUCUCGUUUAUGGUGUACAUUCGAAAUUGCUUCCUGGCUUAAGGAUGAGGAAGUGAAGCCUGUGGAAUUUGUGCCCGUAUCCAUGGCUAUGCUCUUGUGGUCGGUAGCUCUCUUGGAGGUUUUCAUCUGGUGGAUAUUUCAGUUCUAUGUAUAUAUUGAAACAGACAACGUCACUCUCGGAUUCCAGGGUGCCAUUGGAGUGAUUGCUACGGUUCUGACAUUUCUUCUUCCGGCUUUUCUCGUUGCCAUACCAGCGCAAUUCUACUUUGGCAUCUUACACAUGAGAGAAGUGCUGAAGCUCAAGCAACAGACGACCUCUUUCAGCAUAAGAGAAGCUGAUUGCUCCUGCUGCGCUAUGAACCACAUCAACCCAGUGACAGGUGAAACCAUACUUUGUGACCGAGCGCUGGUAUUCCAAACGCUUCGAAGGUGGUACACCAGAACGGGCGAUCCAGACACAUGCUUGGAUCGUUUCGAUGCCCUGGUGCGGGAACAGCUGAGCGUAUCUGUUCUUCAGACCUUGGGCUCGGGGGCUCCAACUCUGCGCUAUGUGCUCGCAAUGCUUUGUGCAGCGCCAUUGGCCCAGCUGCCUCAGUAUCUCUCCAUGGGACUCAGAGAGUCCAGGGGUAGGGGGAUGGGGAAAUGGUUGCUGGAUUGGUGUAAAUUUCCGGCACUGGCACUGUUCAUGUUUGGGGUAGCCUUCUCGGCUUGGAGGAAGGGCGCUCUUUGGUCCCGGGCUCCGCUGUGUGUUGCCAUACCCACCCUCCAGUGCCUAGUUGUCUUCUGUGCAGCUGCUUUCUGGAUACCCUAUGAGGCAGUAAAACUGUCAACUGGGGACGGUCAGUUUUUUGAGGCCAUUCCCUUAGCUUGCAUGUGGAUCAUCUUGGUUUUAUUGUACAUUCGUCUGUACCCUUCGUGCAUAUUUCGGAAUUUAAAAUGA